AUGGGAGGCAAAGACUUUAACACGGCGCUCUCGAGGGCGUCCAGAGAUGCGAGCUCCUCCUCAAACUACACACCCACCUCUCGCACCGGCAGCAACGCGCCUUUCUAUCGCCAAUUUCUCCCAGCACAGCUCUCCAACAUCUCGCCGAACGACUCAAUACCUUCUCUUGACGAGCUCUCGGCGCUCGCGAAACACCUGAGCAGGAUCAAAACAGAGUCAGCCGCUCGCCUAUCACGCCUUGAAGCUCGCUCUACAGAUCCUAACAGACCUAUCUUCUUCUCGGCUCCGAACGAUCUAUUCAGUCCGCCUGGCCUCUCUGGUCUUUCCAGUGCCGCUCUUAACCUCUACUCGGACUCAACCCGCCAGACAACGCCCUCGGCCUCAUCGUCCAAGAAUCCAAAGGCACGCGAACGGUCUUUUGCCUCACCGGCGCCUUCCUUAUUUAGCUCCAACCUGAACAGCUCGGCUAUUGGAAGUGCAGCAAGUGCUCUUGCAUCCAAGAACAAGGCCAAAAUCAAGCGCGAGAGGGACAAUGACAGCACUCCCAUCAUCUCUUCUGCUCUAUAUUCGGACUCACGCCCUCCCAUCAAGCUAGCGGGUGCCGGCAACAAAGCGAAUCCACGAAGCAAAGCGGCACAAGCAAACAGCCGCGACGUCGCUGGAGACGAUGAAAGCAUCGCUUCGACCGACCCGGAAUGGGAUCUAGAUGAGGACUCAAUGCCCAGUCGGCCAGGACGUACAUAUCUGAAGAACAAGAAGCGCAAACGUAGGGGCACUGGGGCUGACUCACACGAUGACGAGUCCGGCUCGGAAUUUGAGGCCGGUGUUCUACUCAGCGCUGCUUCGACCUCCAAACACGUCGGUUCAUCCGCUUCCUCGGCAGCGGCCCACUCGGCAGCUGCGGCGGCCACUGCGGCGGGAACAUCGUCCGGUGGUACAUCGACGCCCAAAAUCCCCUCGAUUGGAAUGCGUCUCAAGGCAAAUACAGCAACUGGUAGCACAGGAGCAGCUCAGACACCGCCUGGUUUUCCCCGAAAGGCAUCUGACACGAUGCAAAUCUCCACCAGGCGGAAUAGCGUCUUGCCAUCACCGUCUCCACUUCCAUCUACGCCUCUCGCUCAGCCGGUCAUCGUACCCCCGGUCAUCUACCAACCCGCGCCAGGAUGGGAGCUGCCCGCUCGCACGCCAGCUACUUUCAUGCCGGUCUUGGAAAAAUCGCGCAAACCCCGAGCGUAUCCUACCAAGCCAAGCGAGGUCAUGGAAGACUUUGCCAACAAGGACUGGAAGGAAAAGGAACGCGAACGUGAUCGUCUGCUGGAGCGUGAAAGUGUCGGGCCAGGAACACCAGGUCUUGUCGGUCCCGGCCAAAGCAUGGUUAAAGAGGCUACCACUGGCAGGAGGGGAGGGCGUGACUUGCAACAGACGCCCAUCAACACAUUCUACAACUAUGCCGACGCAUUCUUCAAGACGCUAACCGAGGACGACCUCGCUUGGCUCUCAAGCAAGUCGGACGACCAUGAACCAUUUCAGAUGCCGCCACUCGGACGUCACUACAAGGAAGUGUGGGAGGAAGAGGAAGCUCUGCUUGCCAUUGGCUCGGUCGAUGCCUAUAAUAAUCCGCUCACCACCAUCUCCCGCUCGCCGUCUAUCAGCCUGGGUGCUGGAACCGGGCUUCCACUGGAUGUGAGCACACUCGCGGCGGCAAGGAACGGCUCAGCGGACGGCGCUGGCAAGCAUGCCGCACGUGCUGAGCUUGAGAUCCCUCCUCCGCCCUCGUUCAGGGUCAAACAAAUGUCGAAUCAACAUCUGGGCCUGGAAUCGCCGGCCGUGGUCGAUGCUCGCAGCGGACCUCUGGCUGAACGACUUGUGGCAUCGCUGUUACCUUCGUACAACGGCGACACCACCGCUGCGGUCGAGGAUCCCGACUUGACGGCUUCCGGCGCCGGAACGAAUCCUGUGUCGGCACUGCCCCCCUCGCUGCUUGCCAACCUGAAUGGGCAUGCCAAACCAGACGAGGACGACGCUGACGAGGACGACGCGGAUGGCGAGCCAGAUUUGGAGUUUGAGGGAGCGGUGCUGGACCAGGACAUGGCAACAUUUGAAGAGCGAAUUGCCAAGGAACUCAAGGCGAUCGAAGUGCUCGGCGCUGACGAAAAUUUCGACUGGUCGACAAGGGCCGACGAUGACAUCUCGACUACGUUGAGGAUGGUGCAGCGCGAGUUAGCUCGUCAACAGAAGAUUAAUGAGUUGCGCAAGGGCCGGCUAUUUGGCAUCGCUAAGGACCGAAUGGCGUAUCAGGAUUAUCUCAACUGCCUCAAUUCGGUUGAAAAGGAGAUCGAGAUUGGCUGGACCAAGCGACUCCGUCAGAUCAAAGCGAGUCUGAGCAAGCGCAAGAAGGGCGGUCACAGCUACCACGACGAUUUGAACCUGUCGCAAUCGCACGGUGCCAAUGGCGUGUCCUCUGCAAGCGGUACGCCUCAGCCUGGAGGUGUGCCAUACAACGGACCCGUACGACCCCAGCUAAGCGAAAAUGUUGUCAGUGCCAUGGAGCGACGCGAGAAACUUCGAUUUGCCUUCAAGGAACUCUUUGACGAAGCCAAGCACGCCUGGCAGACGCCCACUGAGAGCGUUUACGCCGAUCUGGAGCUGGAUAAGGUUGAAUAA